AUGUUUUCCUACACCAACCAUACCUCCCUAAGCAGCGAGGUUUCUGCGUUUAGACUUUUCCUGGCAAGGACCUCUGUAUUCGAAGUGGCUACUUUGUUCAUCGCAAUAUCCUUGUUUUGGGGCAGUUUUCGGGCAAUCUACUUGCUUUACUUUCAUCCACUGGCAUCCUUCCCCGGCCCUCGCAGAGCGGCGCUCUCCACAUGGUGGCUUUACUCUCAAAGUAAGAGUGGUCGUGCAGAGGAGAUUUUUGAAGAACUGCAUAAGAAAUACAAUACCCGCGCGCUUCGAAUUGCUCCGAACGAGAUUCACAUCACCGAUUCCGCACUAUACCACACCAUAUAUUCACAACGACACACAUUCACAAAACAAGCCCACUUUUACAGCGCUUUCAUGAAACCGUAUUCAGUUUUCGUGGAGACUGAUGUCGAAUUACACCGUCAGCGACGGAAACAGCUCAGCAACUUCUUCUCAAAGAUGUCCAUCCGGUCAAUAGAAGGAAUCUUGCUUUCCAAGGUCGCGACUCUAUGCAAGAGGAUUUCAGAGACGAGAUUCAAUGGACCUGUAAACUUUUAUCAGACAUUUCGCAAACACCUUCACAAUGCGCCAUUCCUUGAGACGUUCGACUUGGCCGCAAACAGCUUUUGGGACAUUGAGCACUUCUCUAUUCUUCGAGUCAUAAUCAGCAGCGUUCCGUCUGCUGUUGCGGGGAAGUUGAGUAGAUCGGCGGCAAGGCUCCAGGGCCUCCUUCUCGCUGUUGCGGAUACUGUUACGAAGUUUAGACGUCUGAAAAGCUCUGGAAAAAGCUUCGAUCACGUUGUAGUAUUCGACAAAUUGUCAGACCUGGAUGAUGUGCGGUUGCAGGGAGAAGCAGCCGAUAUUCUGGUGGCAGGUUCUGACACAACGGCAACAACACUUGCAGUUGCUAUCGAACAAAUCAUUGAGAGACCUGCUGUGUACACUAGACUAAGAAAGGAGUUAAGAGACGCUGGGUUUCUCAGGGAGCGAGACUACGAGCUUCAAAAGCUCGAACAGCUUCCGUAUCUAUCUAGCUGUGUGAAAGAAGCGCUGCGGUAUGCCAUGGCCGUCCCCGGAAGACUGCCCAGGAUUGUGCCUGAGCCGGGUAUGGGAGCCGAGGCUUUGGUUGUCGACGGAAAACACAUUCCACCUGGGGCUUGCGUCAGCAUUUCUGCUUAUUCUGUUCACUUUGAUGAAAGCAUUUGGGGGGCGGACGCAAGGAGCUUUAUUCCAGAGCGUUGGUUAACCGAUGAUGGAAAGCAUCUAGAGAAGUAUCUUGUGACUUUCUCUAAGGGUGCAAGGCAAUGCCUCGGAAUUAACCUUGCGUAUGCGGAGGCUACAUUAACGCUUGCAAUGGUGGUGAAUCGUUUCCGGUUCACAGCAGACAAGACACUCAAGGAAUCAGACCUCAAGCGUGUUGAUAACUUCACGAUGGGAUAUGAAGGGACUGGGAUUCGCGCCGAGGUUCACGAAGACUACCAGAAGGCUUGA